AAAUAUUGUAACGAUUCCUUUAACAUGUGAUUCUUCUGGAAACGAAUCGAAGUUAAAAGCGAAUAAACAUCUGAUUGGACGUUCUUAAAUUGAAAAUUAAACAAAAUCAUUUAUCAAGCGUUAAAUAAAUUUAAUUUAAACAUUGGUAUGUUAAUAAAUACUAUACAAUAUGACUGACAGUGGAGAAGAGAUUGAAUUGUGUCAGAAUGUCGGACCGCAUGAACUGGUGGAAGUGAAAUCCAAGGCAGUGGUUAAGUUUUCCGCAGUGCAGGUGCCAGUAAGCUUUAAUCGUCUACAAUGUAACACCAAUUUGAAUUUGCCACCUUCUAAUUGGUUGACUACAUCGGAUAAAAGUGGACUACAUCAAGCGCUCUACCAAUCGCCCGGUUUUGCAAGCUUCAGCAUUGCACACAUGUUUCCCGACUGUGUUGGCGAAGUGGACGUUGUUACUGAUGCAGAAAACAUAAAACGACUUUUGAAGAUGCCCUAUACAUCGAAAAGCGCUAUCAGUAUGAUUGUGCAUAAGGUGGGCAACACAUUGCUACUGGAUGAGUUUGACAUACAGAAGUACUUGUUGCGUAAAGCCGAUGACGAUUGGAAAUGGCUACGCACUUUUAUAUUAGAGCAUAUACUGGCUUAUGGUGAAAAAAAUCACAGCUUCUGUCUGAAAGACAAAUCGCGUGAAGCGUUACAAACGAAAAAUUUGCUCUCGAAAUUCCUUUACUACAGUUUGAAGCAAUCGGGCGCUGAAGAGCCUGAACAGGAAGCACAACGCACACGACCGGUGCUACCCAUUACUGGUCCCGUAUUACCUGAACCCAAAGUGGAGGAGAAUGUGCCAGAUCCCAAAUCGAGUCAUGUCUUCAAUCGCAAUGUGCUCUGGACAUUUGAAGACAUACGAAUGCUCAUCGGUACUGAUAUGCCGAUUUUCGGUGGACCCAAUCGUCCAUGCAUUAGUCUGAGAUUACGUGACAUGGCUAAGCCCAUCAAUGUGCUAACCGGUAUUGACUAUUGGCUCGACAAUUUGAUGUGUAAUGUGCCGGAGGUGGUCAUGUGUUAUCACUUGGAUGGUAUUGUGCAGAAAUAUGAAAUUAUCAAAACGGAGGAUCUACCUUACCUCGAGAAUUCACAGUUUUCACCACAAGUAGUGCGCAAUGUUGCACAAAAUAUACUCUCAUUCUUAAAAGCGAACGCAACCAAAGCUGGACAUACUUAUUGGCUGUUUAAAGGGCGCAAUGAUGACGUUGUGAAACUGUAUGAUCUCACAACACUCUGCCAAAAAGACACCGAAGCAAAUAGGUGUGAAGAAAAACAGGAAAAUCCUUUCACCGUGCCUGUAGCCAUGCUGCUCUACACCGUGGCGCGUAAUAUGAAGAAUACGGCUACACAGAUAACACCAAAGAUGGCAGGCAACAUAAAAGCUUUGCUGGAUAACUGCAUUAAGCUGCUGUCCAAGGAGAAAUAUCCACAGAUUGUAACGUCCUCUCACUAUAUACUGUCCGAUUUGCACGUGCCGGCCGGCAUCGAUCCCAAAGCGCCGAAAUUCGAUAACUCCGAUAUGGAUUCCGACACGCAAUCUGUUUACGAAGAAGAUGAAGAAGGUGAUUCGGGUAGUGACGAUGAUUUCAAUUUGAAUGACGUGCACAAUGAGCUAAGUGAAAAUGUUGAGCACAGCGACAAUGUGGCAAUGAAACAGAUUUGUGAUACGCUCAAAGAAUUAAAUCUUGAUGCGCACAUGAAAAAUGGAAAACGUGCUGCGCGUGCGCCAUCACCGCUGCAGGCUAGCACAGAGGAACGUUGUCGCAUCUCAUUGGAGCAUAUCAGUGCCGGCAUCGCGUGCUUGAAAUUCUUCAACACCAGUGAAGAGAAAUUCAUAAAAGAAAGUGAAGUGCGUGCCAAGGAUGAAGAAAAGCAACGUAUACUGCAUGAGGAACAACAUCCGAAUAUGGCGAAACCCUUCAAACCGAUACCGCUGCCUUAUGAAAGCCUCAGCAAGCAGGGGUUGAAUGGUGAGGAUGAAGCAAUUAAAAAUGACGUUGACGAAGCUGCCGACGACAACCAUUCGGUACAUAGUGAGAAGGAGAAAAAGUCGAAAAAAUCAAAAGUGAAGCGCGGUAAGGGCAAGGAGUUGAAAGAGAGUCAAAAUGCCAAGGUCGACGCCAAUCAAGCGCAAGGCCAGCCACAACCAGAAGACAAACGCAUUGCCACGAAAUUUAAUACACAACAUUUCGGCUCUUGGAAUGUGCACUUGAAGUUGCUGUUGCUGGAGAAGGCUUGCCUGACAUACGCCACCUACGCAGAAUAUCAUUAUGUGGAGCAGAAAUACGGUAGAUGCUUAAAGGCAAUCUAUAUGGCCUGUCGCUGUCAGCAGGUGGUGCUGAAGUAUAUGUCUGACAUAGUAUCGCAAAAGAGUUGUUUGCUGGGACGCGCCGGCGAUUGUUUCUUCCAAAUGGCUAAAAAUUGGCAGGACAUUGACAGUUACAUCGAGCAAUUCAAUGAAGAUUCGGAAAUCGCACAGAAUAUCAAUAAUGAGUUAGUUAAAGACCUUAAUGGUGACGAUAUCAUUGAAUUGAUCACUCCAGUGGCUAAUAUUGAACACUUAAUGUUGUCCAGCUGCAAAUGUUAUGAGAAUGCCAUUGAAUGCAUUAAUGAGGUUAAUGGCACAGACGAAGAUGCCAAGAGUGAGUUGUUGCGUCGUUUGGGUAAUGUGCGCAAUGAGCUGGGUCUAAAGUACAUGUUUUGGGCGCAAGAGGAAUAUGCAAAAGAUAUGGAGCGAAAAACAAAUAAGUCGCCGGACGAGUCUACCGAAACUGAUAGCUCUGACAAAAGUCAAACUGACGAAACAGAGAAAGACAAAGUGUCAGAGAAAUCCGAGGAACCAGUAUAUAUGAAAUUGGCAAUGAAGUCGUAUGACUGCCUUAUACGCGGCAUUUCAGCGUUUAACGAGGUGCAAGACAAUGUUAAUCUGGCAUUUUUAUAUUGCAAUAUGGGUCGCUUCAUGCGUUUUCGUGCGCACCUCUAUCUGCCUGAAGAGAACAUUGACUUUGUGCGCAAACAGAAGAUGUUCUACAAUGAAGCCUUUUCGAACUAUGAAAAAGCCAAAGAUGUGCUGGGCUCACGAAAAUGCAGUGUGGAACUGUGGGAUUUGGUGAACUGGGAGCUGUCAACUGCCACAUUUACCUUAGCGAAGCAAUUACAAGAUUUUAGCACGGCUGAUGAGGCUACACGCGCUGAAUUGGAGAAACAAGUAUUGGAUUUGUUGCAGAAAUCACUAAAGCUUUGUGAUUUAGAGCAUACCGGCUCAAGACAGAUACUCUACACUUAUCGCUCUGGUCUAAUACAUAAGCGCAUCGCAUCAUUUCAUUAUAGUCAAUUGCGUAAUAGCUGCACUGACUGCGCUUCAAUAUCAAAAACCACAUUACAACUGUGCAAACAUCACUAUGAGCGCGCCGCUGCUAUAUUAGACAGCUUGCGCGAGUCUAGCGAUUAUUUGGUUGUGCAACUUGAACGUAUUUCACUGCAAGAAUUCUUAGCUGAAACGUCACCGCAUAUUGCUCAAAAGAUUAAACACCUACAAGCUGCCCUUACUUUGUGUCUCAAGUCAAAUGUGGUAUUCGAAUAUGCCUUAACCACAAGUAACGCCACAGAGAGUAACACAACGAACGAUGAGUUCUGCAAACAUAUGCUAUUAUUUGAGAGUCGUUUGCAAAACACAUUAAAAACAUUGAUAAAGAUGCUGCUCAACGGCAAGGACCCUAAGAAACUAGUAGAACUUUAUAAGAAAAUGUAUAUGACAACUUUGACAUGCAAGCGUACAGCAGAGGAGCAGCAGCGUGCGUCAGUAGAACAGCUAGCGCAGCACUAUUCCACUUUAAUGCAGCGUCUGAAUGAGCUGGAGCAGUCACAUAAGCCGCAUGCAGCUGAAAAGCUUUAAGCGCCAGCAAUUGCUUCUAUUCUACACAACUAAAGUCUAAAUAAAUCAUAUUCAAUAUGACUGGCUAUGAAAUCUCGCAUAAGCGUAACAUUACGUCGUAAUUAAUUUUAAGUUAUUUUGUUUAUGGUCUCCUUAACUGAAUUCAAUUCGACCGUAAACCUUGCUUUGUGCAGAAACGCUGGUGUUGACAUUAAACUAGCAUUGUGGUAAGACCAUGUAAUGAAUUACUUAUGUAACAUUAGUAUUAAGUUCUUUUUAUAAUUUUAACAAAUUAAUGAAUAACGUAACUAUUUUUGUACCGUUGGACCAUAACUCUUGCGCUGGAGGGGUUACAUAGAUUGUAGUACAACUGAAUUUGUUUGUUCGCUCUUAUAUUUUAAUUAUAUUUUGUAGUACCGAAAGUAAAUAAAAAUGCAUUUAAUUUCCUCUUUGCAAUUAUCGAACUUUGUACUUAACUAAAGGUAUUGCAUGUUGUCUAACCGUUGCCCCUUACUUAUAUUAAUAUUUAACUAACUAUUAAAUGGAUUAAAUUAAUCUUAUAAAAGUCAUUCACUUGUUAUUGAAUUGAAAUAAAUGCUGUAUUCAACUUUCAAUUUUCAAUAAAAAAUGAGCGUUGUGAUUAACACAGAAAUGCACAAA